UAUGACAUUAGAAAAGGUGAUCACAUUAAAGUCACGUAUUAUGGAAACGUCCGGUAUUAUGCAAACUACAGCUGUGCCGUCACAUUUAGCAGUUAACAGUUUAAAAGAUAUAAGAAAAAUUGAUGGACAUAUGUCGUUAUUAAAAGUAUUAAAUAGUACAUGUUUACUAAAAAAAGAAAAAGUAGAAAGGACUCAUUUGAUGAGGGUCAAAACAAGAAAAGCGCAACAAAUUAAUCAUUUGUUUUACAAAAUAUGUUCUAAUUGUUCUCCAAAUAUUAAAGAUGCUGUAUCUUACAUAUGUAAUACGUUUAUUCCAUAA